GGUCAUUUUGAUAAUGCCUCCAGCAGCCCCCAGGUAAUUUGAGUUUGAGACCCCUGAUGUACAGUAAGCUUUAUACAGUUUAUGACAGUAACCUAACGUUACAGUAACUCAAACGGUGGCCGGUAAGCGUUUUCAUGCUAGCUUAUAGCAAAGUACUAAAGUUAUAACUUAGCCUCUUUCUUACCAUAAAGUUAAGAUGGUUGGCAUUUUAUCGUUAAAAGAAUCAGUUCUGGUCUAUUUAGACAGAAGUGGUGGCCUUCACAAACUGGCCGAAGAUUGUAAACCAUUUAACGACCCCCAACAGAUUGAGGCAGUCUACAGGUUUUGUAUCAGUGUCAAUCCCUCUGAUGUAAUCGAGGUGGAUCCUCUAUUGGGGGACUGUGUUCUGCAUGAUCCCAUAAGAGCAACAUCAUUGUUUCAGUCUGUUUGCUUCCUGGCCAUAAAGACGCUUUCACUUGUUGAAAAAAUUCACACAGAGAGUCAGGUGAAUGUAAUUCUGAAGUUGACACAUCUGCCUCCAUUCCCUGAGUACUCGUUGGACCUCUGCAGUUUUCCUCGUGGGUAUGGGCCCAUGAGACCUGUCUCCAUGGAGGGCCUGGUCAUUGCCAUGACAAGAGUGACAAAAUACACCCAGGGGGCCAGGUUCCUCUGCAUUAAUGAUGACUGUCCCUGCUCUACAGGAUUUCACCACAUUCGUGUCCAUGCACCUGGAGCCACAGAGUCGGCUACCGUGAGAAAUGAUUUCAGCUGCAUGAUGUGCAGCUCCCAACUGAAAGAGGAUGUGAAGUUUAGAGUGCUGGGAGAUAAACAGCUGGUGGAGCUGAUCCACGUCAAAGCACUGGAUGUUCUGAACGCCCAUCAGCAGAGCUCACUGAGAUACCAGUCUGUCACCCUAUUUCUCAGAGAUGAGCUGUGUAACUCAGUGAGAAUCGGUCGACUCUACAGGGUGUUAGGCAUUCCUGCGCAUGUGCACCAGUGGCCGAGCAUUACCUGGAGUGUAGAAGCAAAUAGCGUCCAACCGUGGGAGCCAGAGUAUCCCCAUAACGUCAGUGGCAGCUUCCAGGAGCUGUUGAAGGCCACAGCUGCUUCUCCCUGGAGGUUCUCCGCCAUUGUGACUCACUGCUUUGGGCUGGAUGUGGCUCCUCCAGGCCUCUACAACACCUUAAAGCUGGGCUUGUUGCUCAGCUUGGUGCAGACGAGAGCUGACGCAAAGGACACAUUUCACAACUUGGAUCUCCUCGUUGUCACCUCUGACACUCUCAUACUAGACAGACUAAUGACAUACAGCCUGAGCUUGGCGAGUCGUGGGGUCAGGCACCAGGCCUCGGGGGAGAUGUUUGCAUCUCUGUCCCGAGAUGAACAUGGAACAGGCACCGCCACCAUCCAUGCUGGCUCUGCUCUGCUAGCUACUGGUGGUAUUUGCAUGUUGGGAGAUUUGGGCUGUUACAAAAAGGACAGGUUGGAUGCCGUUCAGUCAGUGCUGGAGAGCUGCACAGUGUCUGUGUUCAUCCCGGGGAAGAAGUACGGGGAGGAUGCUGACCAGCAGCUGUCCUUCCCAGUCCAAUGCAGCUUCUGGGCCCUCACAGACUCCACAGAUGCCUCUCGGCGGUCAGGGAGGGCAGACUGUGCCAUACUGGGAACAGCAGAAAUGGGUCCUGUACCAAUUCAAUUGGCAGACGCCUUUGGCCUAGUCAUUCAGUGCAGGGAUAUGAUGGGAGAGCAGGUUGUGCUUGCCCAGACUGUCCACACCCUCCAGCAGGCAGUGCAGCCUGGAAAACCCCUCUACCCAUCCUGUUGGGAGUUUUCUACUCAAGACUACAAGGAGCUGGUAACUCAUGCACAGAGUUUGCAAGUGGAGCUCAGCCCCGGAGCAGAGAAAAUAAUCCAUGGUUACUACAUGGCCAGCCGUCGAGUCCGAACACAGAGUCAAGGUGUCAAGAUGUCCGUGGCCUCUGUCAAAUUACUGAUCUCUUUGGCUGAGGCACACUGCAAGUUAAGUCUCAGAACACGAGUACAGGAGGAAGAUGCUGUGAUUGCUGUGCUUCUCUGUGAAAACUCAGUCACUCUCAAGCAUGGGGCCUCUGCCCUCAUUAUUCCACCCGAUGCAGUGUUUCCUUGUGACCUGGGAGAUGUGGAUGGUUUGCAGAGGAGAGACAGGACCCUGGAUGAGCUGCACCAGAAUAUCCUACGCUUCAUCUACGCCUACGCCCCUGGAGCAGACACAUACAUCAAAGAGGAGUAACAGCUCUCCAAAGGGUGUAAAAUAUAACAGUGUUCGAGUCAAAUGGGCAAUAUAGGUGGUGGCCAGUAUCAACACGUCGAGUUUGGACAGCUUGGUGUCCGGCGGCACGGAGGGCAAAGUUCUUUGUAGCUCCAGGAACGCGGUCCUCAGGGUUUGCACUCGGCUCCUCUCCCGCGCUGCGUUCGCUGCUGCCGGGCGUCCUCUGCCGCCGAGCCCGCCGCUCUGGAGCGCCCUGGCCCGCUGGAGCUCCCGAUUACGACCGUCCGGACUGGGACUGGAGCUCGGACUGGAUGCAGGGCUGUCAUCCACCGCCGCCCCGGAGCAACUACCGCUGUCCAUUCGGUGCGUCUGUCUUCCAGCCAUGGGGAUUUACUCACAGACCUGAAGAAUAACAUUAUGUUAAGAAACACAAGUCACUUUCAGUAGUUUAACCUGGCCACCAUAUUGCACGUUUUAUUGAGUUAAAGUUAUAAAUGACAAAACUAUUUUAGAAGUAAUUUAUUUAUUGUUGUCUAAAUGUCUCUGUUCUAUUUUUAACUUAACUUUUAACUUAUAUAAUAUAUUGGCUUUGUAUUCAUGUAUUGCAUUAAACCACUUAUAACUUAAGUUGUCUAA